UUUGUGAAGUUUUGUUAAUGAAAAAUCAGUGCAAAACCACUUCAGGAUGCUGACCCAUUUCGCUGGAAAUAUUUUCUGCACACCUGAGCCCGGGCAUAUUUUUGUCAUCGGGGGAAAAUCACUCGAUGGAGCAUCAAAACUAGACAUUAAUCUAACGUCGGGAAAACAUGAAUUAGCCCCUGUUCCUCUGACAAUCUCUGUACGUUUUCACGAGGACAUAAUUGUAAGGAAUACCUUCCAUGAGGAUGGAUCUUGGGGUGAUGAAGAGCGUGAGGACAAUUUGGAUGCAUAUACCGUUCCUAAUCCUCUGAUUGCAGGUGAAAAUUUUAAAGUGUACAUCUUGGUAGGGGACACGAAGUUUCAUAUAGCCAUUAAUGGACGUGCCUACUGCACAUACACGUUCCGCUCGGCUCUGGAAGAUAUUCGUGCCAUCACCAUAACCAAUGAUGUUCAAGUGGUUAGCCAGGUUGACCAUAGACAAGCCUUUCCCACACCCCAUCCUCCCAUUCAAUUUGAUGAACCUCGUUUGGCCUUUAGCAACGACGUACCCAAGACAUUCUCUCCUGGACACGUUCUCGUUAUCACUGGCAUUCCCUAUGGAAAUCCCCGUGGCCUGUUUAUAUUGAAGUUCACAGAGGGCGAGACCAAGAAGCAGGCUCUUCAUUUCAAUCCACGAUUUGAUCCUCAAUUUGUCGUGAGGAAUUCCAUGAAUGAAAAUAGUUCAUUUGGUGCUGAGGAACGCGAUGGAGAGUUUCCCUUCGUGAUUGAUCAGCAAUUUAAACUGGCUAUUGCAUUUACUCCCGAAGAGUUCAGGUUUGCUGUAAAUGAAAACUACUUUGGCAAGUUUUCAUACCGUUCAGCAAAUGUCCUGGAUCGCAUCAAUGGCUUCAAGAUCAAUGUGGGAAAUGGUCUACAGCUGGAAAUUACUGGAGUGGAUCACUUGAAUAUGGGAAUAGCAGAUUGUGAGGGUUUUGAAACCUAUUCCCAUCCCGAUGUUGCAAUUAUGUGAUCAUACUUAUCCAAAGUCAUUUUAUCUUUACUUUGCAUUUAUCCCAAUAUUUGUUGAUUGAAAAUAAAAAAAAAAGUAUUUUCAACUUA